CAACACCCAGAGGGAUGAGGGGCUUGGGAUGAACCUGGCUUUGGAAAGGGAGACCUCCUGCUGCAGCCAGCCCUCACUGCUCUCCACGAGCCAGUGAGGGGGUCCCUCCGUGGAGUGCUCAGGGGAUGGUGAGGGCAAGUGGCCACCUCCCCUUCCACGGCGAGCCAGGACAGCCCAGUGACAGCCAGGACACAGGCACAGCAUGGUCACCUCCUCAGACCCCACCACCAUGGAAAUCCCCCCCAGGAGCCCUGAUGGGAGCGAGAGGUCUCCUCCCUCCAGGGAGCUCGUCACCAGUCGCACGGGGAGCACCCUGUGCAUGAGCUCCCGCAGCGAGUCCAUCUGGACCAGCACCUCCAGGAGCAAGUGGGAGAUCUACCACAAGCCUGUGAUCGUGGUGUCUGUUGGAGCUGCCCUCUUCCUCUUCGGGACAGUCAUCAUCAUCCUGUCCUGCGUCCUUUACCAGGACAAAAAGGGUUUUAAGAUGUCUGGCCCAGCUUUCCUGUCCCUGGGGCUGAUGCUGCUUGUUUGUGGCCUUGUGUGGAUCCCCAUCAUCAGGAAGAAGCAGAAGCAGAGACAGAAGUCACAGUUUCUACAGAGCCUCAAGUCCUUCUUCUUUAACCGCUGAGAGCAGCCCAGGACCUUCCUGGGAAGGUUCCCCUCCCCUCUACCAAGCUGUGCUGAUUAGCCAUAAAAAGAAACAUGUUCUUGUACUCUCCUAAAGGAUUUCAUCCCAGUAAGUCUCUUCCCUACAUGGUUUCCAGUGUCAAAAUGAACUUUGUAUUUCAUCCAAGUAAUGUCAGAAAAAGAGGGAGCAGGAUUUUCCAGCUGAGCCCAGCAAGGCAGUUCCAAACUCUCUGUGUCAUUGGGUCAGUGAGUGACCCAACAGCACAUGGUGGGGAAAGCAAAGCUCCCAAGUAACCUGGGCUAAAGCAAAGCUCCAAAGUUACCCGGGCUAAAGCAAAGCUCCAAAUUUACCUGGGCUAAAGCAAAGCUCCAAAGUUACCUGGCUCCCCCCAGGAGCUUCUGCAAGAUACAUCAGCAGAGAGGAGCCAUCUGACUGCAGAGUGUGAGCCAGGCUGGUGUGAACAUUGCUGCAAACUGCAGUUUGGGUGGAGAAACUGAGAGGCCAGAUGUGGUUCAUCCAGAGGUAGUGAAGAGGAGAAGCAGGACAAAAUAGUUCCAGAACACUUUGUAUCAGAAGAGGCCACCACAAUGGGCAGUACGCAUCAUCAGAGCUUAGGAGAACCAGACAUGAUGCCCAUGGCCAGAACAUUCCUGUCAUUCCUAGAAUCACGGAAUUAUUGAGGUUGGAAAAGAAUUCCAAGCCCAUGGAAUCCCCCCUGUGCCCGAUGCCCACC